AUGGAAAUAAUCAGUUUGAGGCUUCAUAACAACAAAUACGUUAACGACUUGAUCGACCAAGAAGACGUCGAAGAUAUCAAUGCAGUGUAUCCAGUCAUGGGUGGUUUUACGCUGCUUCAUAUAGCAGCUUUCAUAAAUCAUCAAAGAUUGGUGGUUGAUCUGCUCCGCCAAAAAGCUGAUGUGAAUUUAAAAAGUCGAUACUGGGGUACAGCUCUUCAUAUUGCUAUUAUAAUGGAGAACCUGGUUAUAAUUGAAAGUCUAAUCAACUAUGGAGCAGACGUUAAUACUCAACUAAUUGCUGACUCUGGUUUGAUCCAUUUCCGGUAUGGUGAUUGGCAAAAUGAUGAAGAAGUUCCUGAGUUUUUAUCAAAAGGAGAAAAUGUUGUGAGUAAGAUGUUGAAAACUUAUGAUUUUUGUUUUGGCAAAUCACCGUUACAAAUCGCUGUUGAUCGAGGAAAUGAAAAAAUGGUAGAGUUACUUUUGGAAAAUAAUGCUGAUCCGAACCUGAAUACUUAUAAUUUUGAAACACCACUAGUCUGUGCUAUUAAUAAAGGAAAUUUGUCAAUCAUAAAGCUUCUUCUGGCAUACGGUGCGGAUGUUAAUAGUGUAACUGGUUAUUCAGAAGAAAGUGCUCUACAUAUUGCUGUCCACUCCGGAAACCGAGAAGCAGUAGAAUUGAUUUUAAACCAUAGUAUGGUUGAUGUAAAUAUAGUGACAGUGUUUAACCAGUCAGCACUUCAUUACGCAUUUAUCGCGCCCGACGAUAAUAUCAUAAGACAACUUCUUGAUGCUGGUGUUGAUAUCAAUAUAAAAAACAAAAAGUGUCAAACAGCAUUUGCUUCAAGACUUAUUUAUUCACAAAAAGUUAAAGACACGAUUGCUGAACAUAUUGCUAAACUCAGUGCGGCGGAUUUUAAUGUUGGUAAACAAAAUUUAGCAGUCGUCGAUAUUAGCAGUGAAAAAUUUUGUGAAUUGCGUGAUCGGUGCCUAAGUGAAAUUGGAGAAAUGAAGAAAACAUUUAUUGGGACGAGUAAUGUUACAUUUUAUAAUGUUUUAUGUAAUAAAUGUGAACACAAAUUAGCUUUAAGUUUAAAGCAUGUGAGUGAUAGUACGAUUUUAAAUUUUAACAUUCAAUCUCUUUUUCCACUAUACGGUGGAAUGAUUACGUAUCGUUUAAGAAAAGCAUUAGGACGGAAAAAAUUGUUAUCCAAUGCUAUUAGUUUAACUGAUGAUAUUUUCGAUGCAGUCCAACUUCCAAAUACUUUUACGAGGGGUAUUUUAAAGUUAUUAACUAAUAGAGAUUUGGAAAAAUUACAAUGA